GAGAAAAAUGAAUCUAACGAGAAUUGUCGAGACAUUUCUGAAACUAUUGUGUUACGUUAGCAUAAUAUUCGGCGCGGUAAUAUUGAAUUAUGCCAGUAAUAGUUCGGUAAAUUGCUCGCUCAAUGCGAUUGAUUAUCGUUUACCGUCUGAUGUAAAACCUCGACACUAUAAUAUCAAACUGAGACAGGGCAAAAACGACUUCUCAGCAGAGAGCAGUAUAAUCAUCGAAGUGACUCAUAGAACUGCGAACAUUACUUUUCACGCUCACAAGUUGGACAUAGAUGAGGAAACAAUAAGGUUCUUGAAACACGAACAACAUGAUAGUGAUCAAUAUACGGUUGAUAAUAUAAAAUGGGAGGAACUCAGUCACUGCAGCAAAUCGCAGGUUUUUGUCCUCAAAUUCUACGAGACACUGUCCCCUGGGUAUUACACGCUCAGCAUGAAAUCCAGCGGUCUUCCAUACAAUGCACAAGACUUCGUGAUGUCCAGUGAAGUAAACAUGAACUUUGACAGCACGAAAUUCGGAUCGUCAUACAUAAUGCUAUUCGAAUCGAUUGGAGCCCGACGCGUUUUUCCAUGCUGGGACGAGCCCACGUUCAAGGCAACUUUCAAUAUCUCGAUUGUGCAUUCGUCCACAAUCCAAGUUUUCUCGAAUAUGCCAUUUAAGGAGCAAAUAUUAAUGGAACAGGAAAUAUUGACGAUCUUCGAACCUACGCCAGUGAUGUCUACCUACCUCGUGACAAUCGUGACGAGCGAUUUUGCUUUAAGUUCCAUGACAGAGGACAACGUGGUAAUAUGGUUCAAACGGGACCGCCAGGACCAAAUGCGUGUCGUCCAGGAGUUUGUUAAACUGACUGAUAAAUUCUUAACUAAUUAUACGCACAACUUAUGGAACAACAAAAAGAUCAAUAUCCUCGCUUAUCCAAAUUUCCCGUUUAGCGCUGUGGGUGCAUGGGGAUUCACAGUUUUCAGAGAAAUGGAUCUUCUCUACGAGCCGAAUAAUCAUUUUCCCGACCGCAAACUGCAAAUAUGGAUGACAAUAGCAAAACAGAUGGCCCUACAGUGCAUCGAGAGUAUCGUUACUCCAAUAGAACCGUCUCAUCGGUGGCUCAGCCACGCACUUGCAACGUUUCUCAGUUAUAAAAUCGUUGGGAUGGUCUAUGGUGAGGAUAUCAUGAUGCAACUUUUUGUAGUGCAAGUUCAACAACCUGCUAUGCAUAACGAUGUUGAUCUUAAAGUGCCAUCCGUCAUGCACGAAUACGACCCAAUCUAUGCUUCUCUUAUUUACAAAAAAGGUGAGAACACGCAUGUAAAUGCCAAUACAAUCAAAUAUAUAUUGAUUCUUAAUAAUCCGUAUUAUAUUGUAGCAUCCGCUUUGUUGAGAAUGUUGGAAUAUAUCAUCACAAAGGAGAAAUUGCAGCAAAUUAUUGUACAUUAUUUAAGCACGUAUGCAUACGGCUUCGCCACACCAGACGAUUUUUUAAAGAUUCUUAAUAGGGAAUUACAUCAAUCAGGUCAUGCACACCAUUAUAACGUAGCGGAAAUACUGCGCUUCUGGAUGUCGCAAAAACACUAUCCAAAAUUGCUUGCCCAACAGAAUAAUUAUGGCAUGUAUGAUUAUGGCAGUAAUAACAUGUCGACUAUAAAGAUAAAAUAUUACGGUACUAAAGGAAUCGAAUGGUCGAUACCUGUGACAUUCAUGAAAGAAACACAAUCUUCUUUCACGUCGAGUUCGUCUAUGAUAAUGGAGCACUGGAUCUUUGUUUCUGCGAUAGGCUAUUACCGCGUCAAUUACGAAUAUAACAAUUGGGUAAAAAUCUGGAAAUACCUAAAGGAAGAUCACAGGAAAAUACACGUUUUGAAUCGUGCUCAGAUCAUUGAUGAUACAUAUCAUUUUGUGAUGGAGAACGAAAUCGGUUAUGAGACUUUUGAAAAUGUGAUCAGUUAUCUGAGAAAGGAGAGGGACUUUAUAGUAUGGAACUCUAUGAUGAACAUUCUGCAUUAUAUGUCGCCUUUUUUCAACUAUCCAGAAAGUAAAAGAUUUAAGGAAAAGAUGUUGAAAAUUAUGAGACAUGUUUUGGAUAAAAUUGAAUAUGAUGAACAACCUGAAGACGACGAAAUGGUGAGAGCAAUGCGAUUAUUACUCCUGGAUUGGUCCUGUAAACAUGGCCUGGCGGAAUGUAGAAACAAUGCCCGUUAUAAACUAGUAGCUCACUUCACAGAUCCUAAGGAACAUAAGAUUUUGCCAAAAUGGAAAGACUGGACGUAUUGCGCGGGUUUCAUGAGCAUCUCUGAUCAUGAAGAAAUACUUAAUGUCCUUUACAAACCUAACAAAGAGAUUCUUAAAUACUUGAUAUGUGUCGAUGAGGACCACUUACUUCAGAAGUUAGUGGAACUGGCCACAUUCAAUCCCCGUGAUACAUGGACAGAAUUCAAAGUCGCUCAGCUAAGGAAAUUAUAUCAUGGUAUCGUGAAGAAGCAUGCGAAAAAACAAAAAGUGCUCGAUUUCAUUUUGAGCAAUUUCGAUAAAAUAGUGCAAGGUCAAAUGAACAAAUUGGAGGAAAUACUUCGUAUUAUAAUGAGCGUAUAUUCCAAAUGCCAACUUGACAAGAUUUGGAAAUACGUGACAAGUGACACUCAAGACUGGGAUCUUGAUACAUUGUAUAAAAUUGAAUAUGCGAUAGAUCUCCGAUGGAAUCAAAUAAAAAAGGAGAAGAAAAAGUUCGUGCGUCGUUUUCACGGUAACGAUUUUAUAGAUUUCUGUUGAUCAAAU